AUGACUGGAAGCAUCAUUACAUCGUAUGUGGCGGGAUUAAACAAGCAAAACCUGAAGUCUUUUGUCAUCUUGGAAGUGUCACUCUGUUUAUCCAACUUCCUCGGCCGAUACGCGGUGGAUCAUACAAACAUUGACAAUGUGGGAAUGUAUAGUUUAGGAGAACCUUUUCAAGCUAUCAUCAUUUCGAGCUUCCUUCUACUUGUUUGGACACGCUCAAGAAGAAAGGCAGGACUUCCACUCAAUCAACCACUGUUGCUGGACGAAGCUUCCAUUGUUACACCUUUCAUUCCCGUAGCGAUCUUUGUGACUGGCCUAGUUUCAAUCAUCGACUCCGCUAUAUAUUAUAAUUUGUCUCUGGACGUCUUUUUAGAUUCUUGGUGCUCGGAAGGUGUAGGCAUCAUAAUAACUCUUCCCGCGGUGCUCCUCGUGAGUCAGAGUGAUUGGAGGCAUCGCUUAAAGUUUACUUGGAUGAGGGCAGCUACGGGCACUUUUUUGGCUGUCACAGUCGUCGCAAUACCCAUCGUCGUCUCCUUUGUAUUCGAGACCGCUGAUUUGGCUGCGAUGGAUCCUGGCUUUAAAGUUUCUUGGAGUGUGCUCUUCAGCCUACCAGUUUUGGCGUUGAGUAGCGUACUACUCGGUACUACCGGUCUCACCUGCAAUUUGCUCCUGUUUUCGAUUGCGACACCAAUGAUACGUUUCUUGCCAGGUGACUCUUCUCAAGACGAUCAUCUCUUGUCAUUGAUGAUCCUACUCAUUGACUUGACUAUGUUACCAUUUUUUGUCUUGCUGGCAGACAGGAAUCGGCUUCUUGCAUCGGUCGAAAGGCAGGUCGAAGACCGAACUGUAGAGCUCAGGAGAGCAAACCGAGAAAAGACAGAAUUCAUGAGUUUUUUAUGUCAUGAACUACGGAACCCAUUACAUGUCGUACUAUCCAUGGCUGAUAUGACACUAACAGAAAACCCAGGAAACGAAUAUGCCAAGGCUUCAAUUACCGCCGCAACAUACAUGACGGAUUUAUGUAACGAUGUACUUGAUGCUACCAAGCUCAAAAAUGGCAAGACGUCCAUUGAACCGCAUUGGGUGGAUCUUUCCAGCUUGUUGAAGCAGCAGUGCGUCUCGUUUUCGCUCCAUGCUGCGACGCUGGGCAUCAAUCUGCAAUGUCAUUGUGACGUAGAUGUACCAGAUCGACUGUACACUGACGAUUUACGAUGGAGGCAAUGUAUUACAAAUUUGCUUGCCAACGCCUGUCGAUUUACCAAGACGGGUGGUAGUGUGGAUUUUUACCUUCAACGUCUCAAAGAUGGCUCACUUGCUUCGGAUCACGUACGAUUGAGGUGUGAGGUGGUAGAUACAGGCAUUGGAAUAGAUCCAUCACACCUACCGACACUAUUUGUACCAUUCAACAUUUCUAGUCAGCAAACGACACGGGAAUAUCAGGGCUCGGGUUUAGGAUUGUCCGUGAGUGCCAUGCUGAUCGAACUGAUGGGCGGUAAACUGAAUGUAGAAAGCCAACGAGGGAAAGGUACUAGAUUCUGGUUUGAAUUGAUUGUAAUGCAUCAACCACCAUCGCCAGCUCUCCAGGCCAAUAUUGAGCUAGAGGGUGUUGAUCUUGGUAUAACCGAAGUCGCUAUGAUGGAAUUGAAAAAUCCCUCAGCAGCUCUUGAAAUUGAUACAUCAGGCGGGGACUGGAGCCCACCACUCAAUAAUUCUAGCUGGACUGCAGUUGAAGUUGAUGUUGAUGAUGUGGAAAGAACAUCGGCUCAGUCAGAACCUACCCCUAUGAUUCCCUCUACACCUGAUCACUCCGCCACAUCGUCUCCUCUACCGCUAGACCGUAUGAUGAUUAACGACAUUACCCCUCAACGGAGUCAAAUCCCGAUAGAACAGCAGCCGGAAUCCAUCGACCAGCAGCCAGGAUCUGAAUCUAGUGACCGCAUAAUCGGUGCCCUUGUAGUUGAUGACUCGGAUGUUAAUCGAGCGCUAUUGAAACGUAUGCUUCAGCGCUUGCGGCCUGAUAUGGAACUGCACACGGCUAAUGAUGGUCAGGAGGCUAUUGAUCUGGCAGAGCGGCACAAGUAUCACAUCAUCUUCAUGGAUUUGCAAAUGCCCAGGGUCGACGGUUGGCAAGCUAUAGGGCACAUUCGGAAGGAAGGCCUCAAUACCAAUACCCCCAUUGUCAUCACAACAGCCAAUACAGUGACGGAUGAAGCGAAUGCCAUUGGUCGAUGUAGCGUCUUGUCGAAACCAUUUCUCACCAAGGACUUGAAGAGAGCUCUUGACCGUCACAUAUGA